UCCAAUGAGCUCUAGAUGCAAAAAAGACACGGAGCUGGAGAGAAAAAAGCCCCUGUUGCGUUAGGGGAGACAGUGGUGCCUUUUGAUGAGAAGGGAUCGUGUUGUUAAAUGUUCUUUCGCUUUUCUUUCACGAUCAUGCUUUAUUUUCAGCUGGUGAUAAUGGCAGGGACUGUCAUGCUGGCUUAUUACUUCGAGUACACCGACACUUUCAACGUACAUGUUCAAGGAUUUUUCUGCUAUGACAGCUCGUACACCAAGCCCUAUCCAGGACCCGAGGAAAUAAGUGCGAUCCCUCCAGCUCUCCUGUAUUCAGUGGUUGCGGGUGUCCCAACUCUGGUUAUCUUUAUUACAGAAUGCGUGGUGUUUUUCCUUCAGAUUGCCACAAAAGAUUUUGAAAACCGUGAGAAGACAAUAGUAACUGGAGAUUGCUGUUACCUGAACCCACUGGUGCGCAGGACCGUCAGGUUUCUUGGAGUAUAUACAUUUGGACUUUUUGCCACCGAUAUUUUUGUAAACGCUGGGCAAGUGGUGACAGGGAACCUUGCACCUCACUUCCUUACAGUGUGCAAACCUAAUUAUACAAGCCUAGGCUGCCAGCAGGCCAUUCGAUUUAUCAGCAACCAGGAGGCCUGUACUGGCAAUGUGGAUGACAUCAUUAGAGCCAGAAAAACCUUCCCCUCCAAAGAGGCAGCUCUCAGUGUGUACGCUGCGCUCUACCUGGCUAUGUACAUCACUAGUACAAUGAAAGACACAGGCUCAAGACUCGCAAAGCCUGUGCUGUGUCUGGGUCUGAUGUGUACGGCGUUUCUCACUGGAGUGAAUAGGGUAGCUGAAUACCGGAACCACUGGUCUGACGUGAUUGCAGGAUUUAUAAUCGCUGUGGCAAUAGCAACCUUCCUGGUGGUGUGUGUGGUGCACAACUUCAAGCGAAGGCAUUCAGAAAGUAAAAAAACUGAGCCAGACAGCCUGCGCAAUAUACCUAUGAGUGACCUCCCAAGAAUAGAAAGCCCAAUGGAGAAAUAUCCUCCAGCAGUAAAGAAUCACAUCACCUUUGCCGAAGUCACAUGAUGUUGAAGCGGGUGUCAGUUCCACACCUUGGACAUCCUCCCUAUUCAUGGUUCAGUCAUCAUAAUUGGAGUGAAAUAUAUAACCUGAGAUUAUCUAAUUGUUUAUGAUCAUGGAAUCUUCAAACACAUCAGCAAACAAUCUCUCAAAUGCUGACAGAAAGCUGAAAGAGACUAUCUGCUUUUAACCAGGUGUCUACAGAAUCACGGACUAUUUUAUUUUAUCAAAAUCCUCAUCAUUGCUAUGAAACAUGCCACUUUCAUGCCACAAUUAAUUCAGCAUAUGGAUUUCAUCUAAAUGUAUUACCAAGCCCCAAAACAGGAAAUGUAUAACACUGCUAUAGUUUUAGUUAUGUGCAUUUAUUUAUUUAUUGUACAAUCUUUCUUUAAAGGGGUUAUUAUAAAAAAUAAAAACAAAUCUCCCAUUUCACAUUUCUUCAGAAAGGACAUUUAAGAAAUGAUUCGUAAAUAAUGCAGUGCUAGACUGUUAUAGCUAUAGCAUAUGUCUACCUGUCGCUCAUUCUGCUUUAUUCAAAUGUUUUUAUUUGAUCAUGGUUUACGUCAUCAAGUGCCAAUCAGGCACAGAAACCUGCUAAAAAGCUUAACUUGCAACUUGAUACUAGAAAUACAAUACUAGAAAUGCUGAAACCUGAAACAAUAUAUUGCAUAAGGUUUAUAUGGAUGCAGCAGAAGCAAUACAUUUUGUAACUACUACAUCUUGUUUAUUAGCAUAUGAUAUUUUGAAAAUGGGUCCUUUGUUGUUUAGCUUCUUAAGAAUAUUAUGCAACACAAAACCAAAUUAUCUUGAUAUUAUAACAUUAAUAUGCAAAGCAAUAACACAAUUUCAUUUGCUUCUGUCUGGAGUUUAUAUCAUAUCAGAAUUGCUUGAGGGGUUGUUUGACAAGGAGUAUUAUCUCUUUAAUUAAACAUAUCACUAGGUGGGGAAUUGAAUGAGGAAUAUUACUGCAUUUGCUUUAUGGGAGCGUUAAUGCAAGUCUAAUCCUUUCUGGCCCUGCUGCUGUGUAGUACAGUUCAAGUAAGGUACAUAUUACAAUUAUAACAUUAUAUAGAGGUAUUUAAAAAAGAAAAAUGAUUUUGCAAUUGUGUCAUUCUCCAUGUUUUAAAGUCUUUGUUUAAAAUGACAUUACCAUUUAUGUUCUGUUCUAUAAGACUUUGCAGUGAUAGAAUGACACGUUUUGUUUCUUUUUGAAAAUGCAGAAAUGCACCUUUUUACUUUCUUUAAUCACAUCCAUUUAUUUCAAUACCUAAUCGUAGUAGGACUCGUGAAAAUAAAUCAUUAUGUGGCAGCUUGUAAUUAUGUUCUGUGAACACAGUUUUGCCUUCUCUUGUGAGCAUUGUAUUAAGACAGCUAAAGGAAUAAUGGAAAGUUGAACAGCUUGUAUUUUAAUUUUUAAUGAUUUGUGUUAGUAGCUCAAAGCAUCCUUAAAACCUGUUCAGUAAUUCUGAAUAACUUAGUUUUGUAGCAUCUUCUGAAUAUUGUUUUCUUACAUGCUAUAUGUAUGGUACAUGGUUUGGUCCUCAAUUAUUGUUCAUUCAAUAUGACCCCAUACUCUAAAAUUAUUCUCAAUCUUACUGUUAGUUUUUUACACUGUAAAUAACAAAUGGAUACUCCAUAGU